AUGUCCGCAACUUCCAAAAUUGUUGCACCCGCUGAUGCGUCAUCCCUCGUUAACGUUAACAUGUCAAACGUUACGAAGCUCACUUCCACAAACUUUCUGAUGUGGAAACGUCAAGUUCAUGCCUUGUGCAAUGGCUAUGAUCUCGCCGGCUAUCUUGAUGGUUCGACGACCGCCCCUGAUGCUACUCUUACCACCGAAGCCAACACGUCGGCUGAGAUCUGGAGCACUCUUACCAACACCUACGCUCAACCGAGUAGAGGUCACAUUCUUCAGAUCCGUGAGCAGCUGAAACAAUGGAAGAAAGGUGCUAAAUCUAUUGAAGACUACUUCAAUGGCUUCACCACACGCUUUGAUCAACUGGCGUUGCUUGCUAGUCCCAUACCUCAUGAAUAUCAAAUCGAUUACAUCCUUUGUGGUCUUCCUGAUGAGUACAAACAAGUUACUGAUCAGAUCGCCGAAAGUGACACACCACCGUCGCUCACCGUUCUCCAUGAGAAACUCAUCAACCAAGAGCUGAAAAUUCAGACGUUGCUCACCGCCUCUUCAUCCAUUCCGGCUUCGGCUAAUCUUGCUUCCCAUAGAGGUCACAACACUCGGGGUCCUCAACAAUCACGUGGGAACAAUACCAUGUCUCAACCACGUAACCAGUUUCAUUCUCGUCCAAUCUCACGUGGUCGUGGUUAUCAGGGUCGUUGCCAGAUCUGUGGCGUUCAAGUUCACAGCGCAAGGUGGUGUUCUCAACUGCAGUCCUCUGGUCGUGGUUACUCUCAUUCUAGCGGUGGAUAUCAGGCUGCUUCACCACCUAUGUGGCAGCCACAAGCUAACUUUGCGGCUACUCCGUCUUACAACCCGACUCCAUGGAUCCUCGAUAGUGGAGCUACACACCAUCUGACUUCUGAUCUCUCCAAUCUCUCUUUACAUCAGCCGUAUAAUGGUGGUGAAGAGGUCAAAAUAGUUGAUGGUUCGGGUAUUCCCAUAACAAAAAUGGGUUCUGGUGAAGGAUCUCAGCACGGGGGUCCAAUUACUCCAAGGCAGGACUAG